AUGGCACCACCCCGGACAAGCAAGGCUGAGCCGGAGGACGAAAGUAGCUCGACGAGCAGAUCGACAUCUCCUGAGUCAAUGGAACAGUCGGACUCGGACCGCAAACCGGAAGAUUCGACAAGCUCAAGUUCUGAAUCGGAAGAGUCGAGUGGUUCCGAAUCUGAAAGCGUCACCUCAAUCCCAGAGAAAAAGGUCAAAAUCUCACAUACUGCAUCUUCAAAUGGAUCCAUCUAUCCAACUGUCGCCUACAAGCCUCCAUCCGGAUUCAAGGCCGUGAAGAAACAACUGCCACCGUCGUCCACCACCUCUUCCCUCCUCUCGGACCUUCGCGGCAAACAACUUUUUCAUAUCACUGCCCCCGCAUCACUCCCACUCUCUAAAGUCAAAGAAGUUUCAUUGGCGAAGAUUCUACAAGGUGAGCCUGUGUUGAAGCACGAAGGCGUACAAUAUGGGAUCCCACCAGAGAAUAUCGGUCAGGGCGACUUGAACGGAAAGAACCUGCUCGUAUACGAUUCGAAGACGCAAACAUAUCACAGCGCCCCUGCCACCAAUAUCCCGACGUAUCAUGUUCAGGAGAUGAUCAAUAUCCCCACCAGAUCUGAGAUGGACAACGCGGUCCUAGCAGCAGCGCAAGACCUUGUCAAACCACCCAGAAAACAACCAAAACAUCUGAAGAUGCGCUUCCGCCCUGUUGGAAGCGGAAAUGCCCCGCCAGAGAGUCUCGGCUCGAGCUCGGAAGAAUCAGAUGGAGAGGAGAAGGCAUCCAAGGCCUCCAAGGGCUCGAAGAAAGGACGCGAGGAGAGAAAGCGAAAGCACGAUCACGAGGAAGUGGACGCUGCCCAUUCUGGCGGUCUCCCUCGAAAGAAGACCAAGAAGCAAACCGAUAGUGCUGAAGCUCUAGCUUCAUCCCAGAUGGACAUCGAUGAGAAGGCCGGGCAAGAGAAAUCCAAGAAAUCCAGCAAGAAGCGAGAUGAGAAGAAGCGGAAGAAGUCCGAGAAAUCCUGA